UCAAUGCAGCGGUUUUUACGGAGUUUCUGGGAAAUAGGGAAUCGAUAAAUGAGAAUAAAUAGAUUGGCUGUUGGUUGAUGGGGCUUGUAGCUGUGAGGUGUGGGAUGCCUUCAUGGGAAUGGAUGGAGGCCCUGUUGAAUGAGUGGCUGUGGCAGGAGGAGUCCUGGCUUCCUCCUGGCGUCACCUGGCAGGACAUUAAGAUGAAGGAGGACGAAGGCCGCUUUCCUCUACCCAGAGAUCUCGUCUACACCGUACCACUGGCCUUCGCCUUCAUAGCCCUCAGAUUCAUCUUCGAGAGGCUCAUUGCUCUCCCGUUAAGCAAACAUUUGGGUGUGAAGGACCGUAUUCGGAUUCAAGCCGAUUCUGUCCCAAAGCUGGAGACCUUCUACAAACAGACAAGUCGUCAACCUUUGCAAAAGGAGGCGGUGAGCUUGGGGAAGCAGUGUGGAAUCUCUCAGAGAAAUAUCCAGACCUGGUUCAGACACAGAAGGAACCAGGACCGGCCGAGCAACACCAAGAAGUUCUGCGAGGCCUCCUGGCGUUUUGUCUUCUACCUCAUAUCCUUCACUGCGGGACUCGGCUCUUUAAUUAAUACGCCGUGGUUCUGGGAUCAUAGAGAGUGUUGGAGGGGUUACCCCAAACAGCCCGUGGCUGUGGCUCAUUACUGGUACUACAUCUUGGAACUGGGCUUCUAUUUGUCGCUACUUCUGUGCGUGUCUGUGGACGUCAAGCGAAAAGACUUCAAGGAGCAGGUGAUUCAUCACAUCGCCACCGUGUUCCUCAUCGGUUUCUCCUACUGCGCCAACUAUGUGAGGGUUGGCACUCUGGUGAUGCUGGUGCACGACUCCUCUGACUUCCUGCUCGAGUCUGCCAAGAUGUUUCACUACGCCGGCUGGACGAGGACGUGUGACUCGCUCUUUGUCGUCUUCGCUCUGGCGUUCCUGGUGACCAGGCUGGUGGUGUUUCCUGGCAGAGUGGUCCACACAACCUUGGUGCUGUCUCUAGAAUUCUUCCAGCCCUUCUUUGGUUAUUAUUUCUUCAACACCCUUCUGUUAGUGCUGCAAGCACUGCACAUCUUCUGGGCUUAUCUGAUCCUGCGUAUGCUUUACAAGUUUGUGUUCCUGGGCAAGGUGGAGCGCGAUGAACGUAGUGAGGACGAAAGUGAGGUUGACGAUGAAGAGGAAGCGCCCGAGGAAGAUGGAGACGAAGGGAGCAGGAAGCAAAGAAAGGGCGCAAUCAACUGCAAACUGGCAUCGCUGGCUAACAACUGUGUCCUGAACAACCUGACUAGCCAGAGGAAAAUAAACUGCAGAGCGCAGAGUCGCAAAGCUAGAUAGUGGAGUCGCGUACUUCCACGCUGACUGAUCCUCGCUAGGGAAAAAACAAUCGUUUGCCCUCCUACUUAUCGAAGAAUAAGUUGUUUCCAAUAUAUGAUACAUGCACAUGGCUUGUGUCCAACCCAACACGGUCCAUUGGCCAAACAGGACAUGCAUGAUUCCUGAUUAUCUUCAAUGAAAAAACAGAGCAAAGAAGCACAGAGGAUUGUAGAUCUGCUCACCCGGUGGGCAGGCUACUUCCACUACAUACAGUAUCGAUGGCAAAACAAGCAGGAAGGGAAAUAUCCUUCACAACAAAUCAUUUGGUUUUUGCAGAUUUUGUAAUCAUGUUGUUUUUUUAUUAUGAUAUUAAUGAAUUCAUUAUGUACCUUAAAGUAAAGCUUAUAUCCUUUAUUUGGUCAACAAGGAAUUCCAAAUGUUUUACACAAAGUCAAACUGAUCCUAUCUAAUACAUGUUAUGAUGACGUUUUAAUGAGAGCAACUUAAAACUAGAAUUGAAUAGUAUUCACUCCUGCAGCUUUGUUUCCACAUACACGGACGGUUUGGCUGGUUGUAAAGAAUAUAUGUUCAGUAAAUAUGUUGAUAAACCACUUUAUAUUUUUUUAUGAACCAGGUAGUUUGUAUGUUGAUGUACUCUGUGGCAGAAUGUGAAAAGUCCCUGAGGGCGGGAUCAAGGUACAGAUUUCUUUGAUUUGAUGUUGUCGGUAAUGUACGUGCUCAAUUUUCAAAAGAGUUACGGCGCCUCCUGGUGUACAAAUAAGAAUAUAUCUUGUCUGCUAAAAUGAUGCCUUUACAAAAUAUUUCUGCUCAUAGAAAUAUGGAUUCUGUGUUUUUCUUUUUCUACUUUGAAUAUCAUUGUGACAGCAUGAUUUCGCAGCAAGGUUUCUGUCAAGGUCUGAACCACUGGCUGUUUGCUUUGUGCCUUGCCUGCUGUUUUUACCGUAGUCUGUGAAUAGUUUUGAUAUUUGGUACUUGGUGGUGAACAAGUAUGGCAUGAAAGUUACGCAAAUGUGAGGAGUAGUUUACUAAGGUUCAAUGCUUUAUGGCUCACAUAAAGGCCGGUGCGUACCAUUUAGGGUAUUUAGUGGCAUUGAACAUGAAUUUAAACACUGAAAGACAUGGUUCAGUGUAUUUCAGCUGUCUCCAAACUCCAAGUUCCUUAAUUAACAGAUAUAGUGUUCAGAAAGUACACUCUCAGUAUACACAGAAGUUCAUUAAUUUCAAAAAACAGAUGUUUAAUUUCCAUGGGUUAGUUUCAGGAUUAGACAGUAAAGUAGAAACUGGAUUGUGUCUGCCUCUGAAUAACUGAGGCAGAGUGGGAUUCACUAAAAGGGCUGAUUCACUGAAUAACCCAUGACCCACACUAAAAUAUCAGUGUUACUUUAAUAGAUAUAAAACCUAUAGUAACAUCCCUUUUCCAUGAAAGUCACACUGCACACUAUUCUCUUGUGAGUGCACAUGGAUGCUUUUUCUGAUAUGUUGGCCUGCUGGAAGGUUUUAAUAAAUUAUUUCUAUUUAA